GCCAAACGAUGAGCUCUUUGUCGCUACUUCGUCUCCGCCCUUAUCGGCAUCCCGACGCCCGCGGAACCCUAAUUGCCGGCCAUGGACGGAGUUCGCUACCUCCAAGGCGGCAGACGCGGCAGGGAAUUGUGGCCGCCAUACCCACCGCAAUCGUCAUGAGGGAUCGGGCCAAGAACCGAAAGCCCACCCAGAGGGGCCGCUACCUCAGCACCGAGGCCAUCCAGGCAGUCCAGGCCCUGAAGCGGGCUCUUGGGACCGUCGGAGGCGGCGGCGGCGGGGACUCUCUGGAGCGCGUUCUCGCUGCAAAGGUCCGGCGGCUGAUCAAGGGCGACAUGGUCGCCGUCCUCCGCGAGCUCCAGAGCCAGGGUGAAGGCCUCUUGGCGCUUCAGGUUUUUGAGGAGGUUCGAAGGGAGCACUGGUAUAAGCCUCAAUUAUCAGUGUACAAUGAUAUGAUCAAAGUGCUGGCUUCCUGUGGUUUGCCUGAAAAAGUGGAGAAGUACAAUCUGCCAUGGACUGCUUUCGGCUAAUGAAGCUAUGGGAAAGUGAGCCUGACGAGUCAACAUAUGCAAUAUUAAUCAAUGGCCUUAAAGCUGAGGGAGAAGUAGAUCUUUCAGUUUCGGUAAGAGAGGAAGCAGAGCAACAUCUUGGUGGGCCUUUGGUAUUCUUAGA